AUGAGUGGACGUCCGUUAAAGACGUUGAAGCCCGGGAUCAACGUGCCCAUGGUCACGCUCUUCAAGCCAGAGACCGAAGACCUGGACUUGGAAGCGAUUGCCAAACACGCCGUCAGACUCGCAAAGGCAGGCCUGACCUCGAUCACCUGUCAAGGCUCGAACGGCGAGGCCGUGCAUUUGACCAAACAAGAACGAAUCCAAGUCGUGCAGACGACACGCAAAGCUUUGGAUGACGCCGGCUUUACCGACUUUCCCAUCGUUGUCGGCUGCGGUGCCCAGUCAGUGCGGGAAACAGUCGAGUUCUGCCGGGAUGCUUAUGAAGCGGGUGGUGAUGCGGCCUUGGUUCUGCCGCCUUCAUAUUACAAGUCUUCAUUCACCAAUGCGUCGUUUAUCGAGUUCUUCCAAGACGUUGCCACCGACUCCCCGAUCCCCAUUCUGAUUUACAAUUACCCUGGCGCCGCUGCGGGCGUGGAUCUCGACUCCGACACCAUCAUCAAGCUGGCCAAGCACCCCAAGAUUAUUGGCUGCAAAUUGACUUGCGGUAACACGGGCAAGCUGAACCGAAUUGCCAACGCCGUCAAUGCUGCGACUGCCAAUUCGCAAAAUUCCGGUUGGUUGUGUCUGGGUGGCUCGGCCGAUUUUACUCUGCAGACCAUGAUUGCUGGCGGUUCGGGCAUCAUUACCGGACUUGGUAACAUUGUUCCCAAGGCUUGCGUCAAGGUCUUCAAUCUUUAUGCUGAGGGUAAGGUCGAGGAGGCUCAGAAGCUGCAGGCUAUUGUUGCUCGUGGCGAUUGGGGUGUCAUUUCGGGAGGUGUCACUGGUACCAAGAGUGCCUUGCAGUCGUUCUUCGGAUAUGGUGGCUACGCGAGGCGACCGCUGCCCAAGCCUAGCAAGGAGGAUGUCGCUAGGUAUGAGGAUAUCUUGAGGGAAGCGGUUGAGCUGGAGAAGACUUUGUAG